UGAGCUGGGCAGGCUUCGUCGGGGCGGCGAACGCGGUUUGCUCCUGAGGUUGGUGGGACAUGGGCCUUGGGCGAGGAGUCCGGCGUUAGUGAAAGCGCGCCUGGCGCCAAAGAAAAGAACUACUUUUACUGAAGUACACCAUCCAUUGUGAAAGUGGAAAAGUAAGGAUUAUUCAUCAUGCCUUCUGUGGCUUCAGAUCCUAAAGAACUCUACCUCAGUUCUUCACUAAAAGACCUCAAUAAGAAGACAGAAGUUAAACCAGAGAAAAUAAGCACUAAGAAUUAUGUACAGAGUGCCCAGAAGAUCUUCAAGACAGCAGAAGAAAGCAGGUUAGAUCGUGAUGAGGAAAGGGCCUACGUACUAUACAUGAAAUUCGUGACUGUUUAUAAUCUUAUCAAAAACAGGCCUGAUUUCAAGCAACAGCAGGACUAUGUUCAUUCAAUGCUUGGACCUGCAAACAUCAAAAAAGCUAUUGAAGAAGCUGAAAGACUUUCUGAAAGCCUUAAACUCAGAUAUGAAGAAGCCGAAGUUCGGAAAAAACUUGAAGAAAAGGACAGACAGGAGGAAGAGCAACUGCAGAAACAGAAAAGACAGGAAGCAAGAAGAGAGGAUGGUAACACAUCAGCUAAAAAUACUUUGGAAAAUGUAUUGGAUUCCAAAGACAAAACCCAAAAGAUAAAUGGUGGAAAAAAUGAGACCACAGAGAAAGGAUCAAUCACAGCAAAGGAACUAUACACAAUGAUGAUGGAUGAAAACAUCAGCUUGAUUAUAAUGGAUGCUCGAAGAAUGCAGGAUUAUCAGGAUUCCCAUGUUUCAGAUUCUCUAAGUGUUCCUGAAGAAGCCAUCAAUCCAGGAAUCACUGCUAGUUGGAUUGAAGCAAAACUCCCAGAUGACUCUAAAGACAAAUGGAAGAAGAGGGGGAAUGUGGAUUAUGUGGUACUUCUUGACUGGUUUAGUUCUACAAAAGAUUUACAACUUGGAACAACUCUACGGAGUCUGAAAGAUGCACUUUUCAAGUGGGAAACUAAAACUGUCCUGCGCAAUGAGCCUUUGGUUUUAGAAGGAGGCUAUGAAAACUGGCUUCUUUGUUAUCCCCAGUACACAACAAAUGCUAAAGUCACUCCACCCCCACGAGGCAAGAAUGAAGAGGUGUCUAUCUCAUUGGAUUUUACUUAUCCCUCACUGGAAGAACCAGUUCCUUCUAAACCUACUGCACAGAUGCCAUCUCUUCCUCUGGGUGAAAAUAUAGAAUUCAUAAAUGAUCAAGAUGAGAGAAUGAGACAAUUGACUUUAUCAACUUCAAUUGAGCCAAUUGUUACUUCUAAGUCUGAUGUUUCACCCAUAAUUCAGCCAGUGCCUAUUGUAAAGAAUUUUCCACAGAUUGAUCGUACUAAAAAACCAGCAGUCAGAUUGCCUGAAGAUCAUAGAAUAAAAUCUGAAAGUACAGAUCAUGAGCAACAGUUUCCUCAGAAUGGAAAAGUUGUUCCUGAUCGUUCCACAAAGCCAGUACUUCCCCCUCCAACUGCCAUGUUAACAGAUGAAGAAAAAGCUCGUAUUCAUGCAGAAACGGCUCUUUUAAUGGAGAAAAACAAACAAGAGAAAGAACUUCGGAGAAGACAGCAAGAGGAACAGAAAGAGAAACUGAGGAGAGAAGAACAGGAACAAAAAGCCAGAAAGAAACAAGAAGCUGAAGAAAAUGAAAUCACAGAGAAGCAACAAAAGGCAAAAGAAGAACUGGAAAAGAGAGAGAGUGAACAGGUCAAGAAAGAAGAUAAAGAAACCUCAGCAAAGAGGGGCAGAGAAAUAACAGGAGUAAAAAGACAAAGUAAAAGUGAACAUGAAACUACCGAUGCCAAGAAAUCUGUGGAAGACAGGGGGGAAAUGUGUCCCACCCCCGAGGUACAGAAAAAGUCAGUGGGAGAUGUGCCCCAUUCCUCUGUGGCAGGAGAUGCAAGUUCAGGCAAGCCUGUUAAGAUUAAAGGACAGCCAGAAAGUGGAAUUCUAAAGACUGGAACUUUUAGAGAGAAUACGGAAGACACUGAAAGAAAUAAAGCCCGGGAGCCUUUGACAAGAGCACGAAGUGAAGAAAUGGGGAGGAUCGUACCAGGACUGCCUUUAGGCUGGGUCAAGUUUCUUGACCCAAUCACUGGAACUUUUCGUUAUUAUCAUUCACCCACCAACUCAGUUCAUAUGUAUCCACCGGAAAUGGCUCCUUCAUCUGCACUUCCUUCCACCCCUCCAACUCAUAAAGCCAAGCCACAGAUCCCUGCUGAGCGGGACAGGGAACCGUCCAAGCUGAAGCGCUCCUACUCUUCCCCAGAUAUAACCCAGGCCAUCCAAGAGGAAGAGAAGAGGAAGCCAACAGUCACUCCAACAGUCAAUCGGGAAAACAAGCCAGCAUGCUAUCCUAAAACUGAGAUCACAAGGCUUUCUGCUUCUCAGAUUCGGAACCUCAAUCCUGUGUUUGGAGGCUCUGGACCAGCUCUCACCGGACUUCGUAAUUUAGGAAAUACUUGUUAUAUGAACUCAAUACUGCAGUGCCUAUGUAAUGCUACACAUUUGGCUGAUUAUUUCAACCGAAACUGUUAUCAGGAUGAUAUUAACAGGUCAAAUUUGUUGGGUCAUAAAGGUGAAGUGGCGGAAGAAUUUGGCAUAAUCAUGAAAGCACUAUGGACAGGACAGUACAGGUAUAUCAGUCCGAAAGACUUUAAAAUCACCAUCGGGAAGAUCAAUGACCAGUUUGCAGGAUACAGCCAGCAAGAUUCACAAGAACUGCUUCUGUUCCUAAUGGACGGUCUCCAUGAAGAUUUAAAUAAAGCUGAUAAUCGGAAGCGACAUAAAGAAGAAAAUAAUGAUCAUCUUGAUGACUUUAAAGCAGCAGAACAUGCUUGGCAGAAACACAAGCAGCUCAAUGAAUCCAUUAUUGUAGCACUUUUCCAGGGUCAGUUCAAAUCCACAGUGCAGUGCCUCACCUGUCACAGAAAGUCUAGGACAUUUGAGGCCUUCAUGUACUUGUCUCUACCCCUAGCAUCCACUAGUAAAUGUACAUUACAGGAUUGCCUUAGGUUAUUUUCCAAAGAAGAAAAACUCACAGAUAAUAACAGGUUUUACUGCAGUCAUUGCAGAGCUCGAAGGGAUUCUCUAAAAAAGAUAGAAAUCUGGAAGUUACCACCUGUGCUUUUAGUACAUCUGAAACGUUUUUCCUAUGAUGGCAGGUGGAAGCAAAAAUUACAGACAUCUGUGGACUUUCCGUUAGAAAAUCUUGACUUGUCACAGUAUGUUAUUGGUCCAAAGAACAAUUUGAAGAAAUAUAACUUGUUUUCUGUUUCAAAUCACUACGGUGGGCUGGAUGGAGGCCACUACACUGCCUAUUGCAAAAAUGCAGCAAGACAGCGGUGGUUUAAAUUUGAUGAUCAUGAAGUUUCUGAUAUCUCCGUUUCUUCUGUGAAAUCUUCAGCAGCUUAUAUCCUCUUUUAUACUUCCUUGGGACCACGAGCAACCGAUAUAGCCACUUAAGAGUACGUUGUAAGCUAGUUAUCUGUUAGAAGGCUGAGCAACACAACUCUGGAAAUGCUUAUAAAGAUCCUGGACAGCUCUACCUGGCCAUUUAGAGGAAUUGUAAGACCAUGAGAGCUGUGUUACUAAUACCAUAUAUUCCAGGUCAGUGCUAUUAUUAAAAAACCGACCAAUAACAUUUAACAAGUAUUGCAGUAAGCAUUCCUUAGAGAUAUCAUUGACAUCAUAAUAACUUUUUUAGUUUGUUCCAAAGUUAAGUAGCUAUGCAUUAUUAUUCUACUGGUCUAAAAACUGUGUAUCUGUUGUUUUCGUUUUCACUGUUAUGGCCUUUUCACAUUUCUAAACCUCAGCUUGAUCUAUGAAUAUUCUAGAAUAUGAAGCAGAUAGGAAUGUAUGUGUAUAUAUUUAUUGCACACUUGCACAUCAAAUCGAUGUACAUAGUAUCAUAUGUGGUCCUUCCAUGAAAUCUAGAACUCCAGGGAUUGCUUUUUUUCUUUUGGCCUAUUCUGAGUAACUGCAGUGCUUUCUUAGGGAAAUGACAGGGCAAAGCUAUUUUUCUUUUGGCUUUGGGCUGUAUUUGUGCACUAAAUCUUUAUUCUAAAGAAAUAAAUGGAAACUUUUCUCUAAUUUUUUAAAAUGAGAAUUUUCAUUUACACCUAUAUUAAAAUCUUAAUGAGAAAAAUAAUUUAAAACCUUGUAAGUGUUCUGUCUUUAAUUUUAUAUUAUCAAAUAUAGGACAGUAGAACUAUAGAUUUUAUACACACACACUCUUUGUCCCACUACACUGACUUAAAAUUUAGUUCACUUACCUUGUUAGCAUCAGGAUUCAAUUCCACUCUUUUUUCAACUUGACCCAGAACUGCAUCUAGCACUUAGGGUUCUCAGAUUUGGGAGUCAUAAUAAGAUAUUAUACUGAGACUCAUUCUAUCAAGAGUAGUAGAAUUCUUAGAAUUGAGAUAAAAAGGAAUAGGAGUCAUGUAUUACUGCAAAGUGAACUGCAUUAUGAACCCCACGUCUUUACAGAGUAAUGUAUUAAAAGGAAUAGAGGAGCUUAGAAUUUAUCAUUUACCUCUGGGACUCAUUAGUCUAAGAGACAUAGUUUUUUGCUAAAUUAUCUGAUCAAUAAAAUAUUUUCCAAUCACAUUCUUAAGCACACAGCGCCACUAGAACAAAAGUUUUGUUCUAGUAAGUAUUUUUGGAAAAUAAUUUUUUGGAAAUAUACAUCAAAUUAUCAGAUGUUUUAUGAUAAAAAUCCACCCUAAUAAACAUUGAAUUUUGAAGCCUGAACUCACUGCAUAAUCUGCAGUGGUUAGAAGGCCCCCAAUCUAUUAGCAUUGCAUUAUUUUCAAUAUGCCAGGACCCAUUUUCUUGGCUGUAACAUCUAUAAUAAUAAAAGCAUAAUAUGCUAAUUAGACUGGACAGCCGAACGUCCUUCUGGACAAAGCCGAGAAGGCUGCGAGGGCCAAGGGCAGGCAGCUGUGGUGGCCGGCAGCAGCAGCAGCGACAGGGUGAUGGGGGCAGCGCCUACUCCUGAUCAGCCCAGUCGCCUCCCACGGGGAGCAGGCCUAAGCCAUCAGUAGGACAUCCCUGAGGGCUCCCGAACUGUGAGAGGGGGCAGGCCGGGCUGCCCCAGGCAUGAAUUUUUGUGCACCAGGCCUCUAGUAUCUUAUAUAAGGUUGUAUAAUAAUACACCAGAAAGAAAAAUGUCAGUGAUGCAAGUAAGUUGCAAGAAUUUAAUAAGGCAAAACUUAAGUACCAGUUUCUGAUUGCUUGUUUUGCAACUUUCAGGAAACACCAUUUUCCUAGCAUUUUUCUAUAGGUAUAGAAAAGGGCUGGCAGCUGUAGAACAGGAGAUAUGCUGUAGCAGUUUGAACUGAAGUAUCUGGAAUCUCACUGACUCGUGUGUCGUCAAAGCUAAACCAUGCUUGGGUCACUGAGUUCUUGCAGAAAGCAGUGUAAUGGCCACCAUCCAGAUCACCAAAGUGGUUCUAGGAGAGGAAGGAAUGUCAGACUUAGUAUUUACAUGCAAAUACUCCAACUAUUGGGACAAAAAAGGUAGGGCCAAGAAAUCUUUUUCAUAAUUGUCCCUUAUACUAAAUUAAAGGAAAAUGAUAAUUGUGUUCAGUUGAACCAAACAUAUAUUCUGACUUCCAUAUUGUUUUUCUAUUUUUUUU